UCCGGCGCUGGCUCACUCACCGCUCCCGUAAAGUGCGGGCAGUCUCGGGACCCCGGCCGAGCGGCUCGCUCCCGGCCCCGGCGCUCAGGUCCGUGCGCCCCGGCGCGGCCAGCAAGGAGACGCUUUCCUGAGUCCGGGAUCUCUCCCUUCUGGACAUAACCCCCUGUGGGCGCUUGCUGGUUUUUGGACAGAGGCACCCAACAUCAUGGACCUGGUGGGGCUGCUCAAAUCUCAGUUCCUGUGCCACCUGGUCUUCUGCUACGUGUUUAUCGCCUCGGGGCUCAUCGUCAACACCCUUCAGCUCUUUACCCUGGUCCUCUGGCCCAUCGACAAGCAGCUCUUCCGGAAGAUCAACUGCAGGCUGUCCUAUUGCAUCUCAAGCCAGCUGGUGAUGUUGCUGGAGUGGUGGUCAGGCACGGAAUGCACGCUCUUCACCGACCCGAGGGCCUACUCCCACUUCGGGAAGGAGAACGCCAUCGUGAUUCUCAACCACAAGUUUGAAAUUGACUUUCUGUGCGGCUGGAGUCUGGCCGAGCGCUUUGGGAUCUUGGGGAACUCCAAAGUCCUGGCCAAGAAGGAGCUGGCGUACGUGCCCAUCAUCGGCUGGAUGUGGUACUUCACCGAGAUGAUCUUCUGCACGCGCAAGUGGGAGCAGGACCGGCGCACCGUGGCGGCCAGCCUCGCGCGCCUCCGCGACUACCCCGAGAAGUUCUUCUUCCUGAUCCACUGCGAGGGGACGCGGUUCACGGAGAAGAAGCACCACAUCAGCAUGCAGGUGGCCCAGGCCAAGGGCCUGCCCAGCCUCAAGCACCACCUGCUGCCCCGCACCAAGGGCUUCGCCAUCACCGUCAGGUGCCUGAGAGAUGUAGUUCCAGCUGUAUAUGACUGUACACUCAAUUUCAGAAAUAAUGAAAACCCAACACUGCUGGGAGUCCUAAACGGAAAGAAAUACCAUGCCGAUUGCUAUGUUAGGCGGAUUCCCAUGGAGGACAUCCCGGAGGACGAUGACCAGUGCUCCGCCUGGCUGCACAAGCUCUACCAAGAAAAGGAUGCCUUUCAGGAGGAGUACUACAGGACAGGCUUCUUCCCCGAGACGCCCCGGGUGCCCCCGCGGCGGCCCUGGGCCCUGGUCAACUGGCUGUUCUGGGCCUCGCUGCUGCUCUACCCUUUCUUCCAGUUCCUGGUGAGCAUGGUCAGCAGCGGCUCCUCCAUGACGCUGGCCAGCCUGGUCAUCGUCUUCUGCAUGGCCUCCGUCGGGGUGCGAUGGAUGAUCGGAGUGACAGAGAUCGACAAGGGCUCCGCCUACGGCAACAUGGACAACAAACCGAAGCCGAGCGACUGACUGGGCCGCACCCGCUCCCCGGGGAGCUGAGGACGGUGGCCGCGGCGGGCCUCCUCGGCGGGCCGCGGUGGCCCAGGCCGGGCCGCGCGGGAAUCACACCCCCUCCGGCCCGACGGGGGAGAAGAUGCUCUUGAACCGUUUCCUCCCCCGAACCAUGUAGCGGGUUCUGGCUUUCUUUUCACUUGCACACGUGUUUGUGCCCGUGUGUGUGUGCGUGACCGUGCGAAGGCUGUUUUCCGGCCGCAGGGCCGCUGGCGGGGCACAGGGGGACCGGUGUCCCCGUUCUCCUUCGGUGCUGAGUCUGUAACCGUGAUUGCCGGAGACUGGAAAGCGCUUUAGAUAAGACGACUAAAUUAUGCCUCCAGGAAAAAUUAAAGUGUUGUCCG